AGGCGAUCCUGUUGGUGUUGGUUGGCGCCGGGACUUCUUAGCCUUGAAAUGAUGCCCUUGAGGUUAUGAAUAAAAUCAUUUUGUUUGUACCCAAGUCAAUAUCUCAAUGGGAUGUUCCCUUCCUUGAUAAGAUCCAUGAAGUCACACGAAUGGUUGUUUGAUGUUGUUUGUCAUCGUGUUUUAUUGCGGUUUCGGUGAACCCAGUUUAAGAGAAGCCCAUGUCGACUGUGGCACUUGGUGCUUGCCUUUGUGCUGCGAUUUUCAGGGUGUCGGACCGACAUGCAGACCGUGUCGGCUCAAAUCAACAGGCACCGACCUCCGAUUCUCAGGCCAUCCAUGUUUCUUGGGCGCUGGGCGAUGCGCCAUUUCUUGGUGAUCCUGCUUGGUGAUGCUGCAAUGGCAGCCUUAGACAGAUGUAAGGGCGACCUGGCCGGAGACAAGAUUUGGAUGUGUCCAGAUGUGGAUGUGAGGCAAUGCUCCGUGAGCUAUGCUCGAACUGGCUUCACCCCACAGUACAUUCAAUGUGCUGUCGCUGGAAAGUCCUGUGUGGCCUUUGGACCAUUAUGUGAACCUCGCACUCCUCGUUGAUCGUCCACUCCGCUCCUGGGUUCCGUGGGUUCCCGCAACCCGUGGGUGUCCCGAGUCUCUCGCCUCGCGGAGAGCGGUGCAGAGGUGCUGCAAGUGGCCGUCUCGCCGGUGGAA